AUGUGUUACAUCGUCUAUACCAUACACGUGUGUAACCACUGGAUCCCCCAACCGCAGCCCAACAAUGGGCCUAUACUGCGAAUCUGCGACGAAGCCGAAAAACUACGGUUGGGCCACCCAUGCCCCGAGACUCAGCGGGAGCAUAAAGUCAACAACCGAAGUCAGGGGAUGUGUACAGGGUGUAUGUGGAAAAAGGUUAGCAAGUAA